AUGCCACGGUGUAGCACCGAGCCGUCCAAGCUUCCUGGCAUCAACGGCCCUGCACAGGAUGAGGAAGGCGUCAUUGCUAUCUGCCCGUCGGCGGUAACAGAAACGGCCCCAUCUGAGGGAGUGAGGGUGAAGGAGGAACAACAGGAGUUGGUGAGGAAAAGAAGAGAGGCCAGAAGGGCCAAGCGAGAGCAGGCUCUGGCCGAGGAGGGCACUCAAAUUGCUCAGUCGGCGGCCGACUCGCCCCCUGACAGUGGCCAGGAUGCAUCAGUUGUUAGCAACAGUCGACAGUACCCGUAUUGGGAGCCAUUGACCAACUGUGUUGGAGAGACCCCAAGGGUCCGCAGUGGUCACACGGCGUGCAUCUACCGAUCGAGGUUCCUCUAUAUUUUUGGUGGCUUCGAUGGCCAGCAGUGCUUCGACGACCUCUACCAGCUGGACCUGCACAGCCUGGCCUGGUCCAAGGUCGAGGGUCAUGGCGACAAGCCCAGCGGACGGGCCUCCCACACUGCCGCCUCAGAUGAACUGGCGGGGUCCAUGUUUGUCUUUGGUGGUAGCGGCUCCCACUUUGGGUACACCAACAAGUGUGACCUGUACGAGUUCGCCUAUGAUACGAGCACAUGGUCAUUACUCUGCGAAGUUGGUAUAUCGACGGUCGCUUCCUCCCUGCGGCCCACCUCUGCCACCGAUGGAGGCCGUGUUGGUGUCCCUGUCAGGGGAGCUGCUGAAUCAGAGCCUCCACAAGUAGUAGCAGGUAUUGGUGGUCCUCAUACUGCUACUACUACGGGAGACUCCCCACCGCCGACGACGCUUCAAUUGAGCCCAGAGAUGCACGAUGCGCCGACAGCACGGUAUGGCCAGUGCAUGGUCCAGCAUAAGGAGCAGCUGUACAUAUGGGGAGGAACCCAUGGCACCAACUACCCGACCGACAUGCAUAGAUUUGACCUCAUAUCCAAACGGUGGUUUGGCGUGGCGAUGACAGGCGAGCAGCCAACUGGGAGGUACCGUCACCAAGCUUUGGUACGGAAUGACUGUAUGUAUGUCUUUGGGGGCUCGGGCACGGCGCGUUAUGGUGAUGUAUUCGAGUUCGAUCUAUGCACCAACACCUGGAAACGUCUGGUCUGCUCAGGGGUGGGCCACUUCCAACAGGGCAGAUACGCUCAUGCGGCUGUACUGCAUGACUCGAAAGUGUUGGUCUAUGGUGGCAACGAUGGGCGAAGGACCAACGACCUGCUCAUCUUCGAUAUUGACACGCAGGAGUGGUCACAAUUACCUGUGCAUGCUCUGGAAGCCCCGCCCGGUCGGGAUUUCCAUGCCGCCGUGACCACUGCCCGCCAGCCUGUCCUAUCGGCGUUGUCCGAUCGUGGUCCGGACAGUUGGUCCAGCCCUGGGAACAGCGUUGGUGAGGAACUCGAGGCCAUGGUCAUCUUUGGAGGCUCCUCCGGCCAUACAAGACACAACGAUGCCUCUCGGUUCGUCCUGUCUUCUGCCCCACCUGUGUGCACUUUGAGCUCGGACCUCGGGGACCGGUUCUUGAAGUGUCAGGCAGCUGUGGAUGGUGUUGGUCGUACCCUCAUUGGACUCUUCGAAGUGGCAGCUAGUAGCCAGCAGAAGCAUCCUGAGGGCCCGGUGUCCCCAACUAGCGCGGGCGAUUGCUAA